AGGACCCUUUGAGCUCGAAGCGCCGGACGAAGCGCCGGACGAAGCGCUGAAGGGCGCCAUGGCUGCGACCGAGGCCGCGGCACCCCUGCUGGCCGGGGGCGAUGAUCCCAAGCGCAUCACCGUGGCCAUGGGUGCGGGAGGUGAACGCGUUUUGAAGCUGGGCGGCCAAGAGGUGGUGCUCCUAGGCGGCAACUAUGUGUUCAAGACCCAGCCCUACUUCCCACCCAAAGAGAUCGUCUCCGCCAAUGCCUUAGAAAUGGCCGAAGGUGCUAAAUCCAUGACCUACAAGCCGCCUCCUGCAAAGGAUGGCACGCAGCGAGUGGUGAAGCCCUGCGUCCGCUUGGGAUGUAUGUGGGAAGGAUCCAUGCCGGACAAAGCUGGCCCGAUCGAUCCGACCUGGGCCGCGAACUUGGAAGCGACCAUCCAAGCUUUCGCGGAACAAGGGGUCUACGUCUUCUUGGAGGUGCAUGAUGAUGCCUUCUCGACGACCAACGGCGGCUGCGGCCUGCCAUGGUGGACAGGGGCUUACAUGCAGGAACACGUGGAUAGCACGAGCACCAGCGGGCACUGCUGCUGCUGCACGACACCUUCCUACAUCACCAACCCUGACAAUCCCUUGGCCCUUGUGUGCGAGUGCCCCUCAUGGCUUGCUUGCUGCUGUUGCGGCAUCCAACCCGUGCGCACCACCGGGGACAAUCCGUGGGCAGCUUAUGCGGUGGGCACCAACAUGGGCAACCCAGCCUCCAUGAAUGUGGGCAAUCUGAGCAUGAGGUUGAACAAUAACGAUCUGGCCUGGGGACUUGGAACUUUGAUUUGGGUCUCGCAGGUGCACAACUACGCCCCACGCUUCUACCAAUCCCACAAGAAGGAGGGCGAUCGACAGAACUUGUUUGAACCCUUUGUGCAACACAUCAAAUUCCUGUGCAGCAAGUGGGAGCAACACUGGAACUGUGUGGCUGUGGAGGUCUUAAACGAGCCGGUACUCGCUGGAUUGCCCCACCCUUAUCGCUUCAUGAGCUGCCGCCGAGACCUCUUCGACUUCUACGGCGCUCUGCUGGAGGAGUUGGAUGCCGCAGGCUCCCGCGCGCCCCUGGCGCUGGAAGACGGCUUCGGGACCCUGGGCAGCGGCUCGAACUACAUGAAGUUCCUCUCCCUGGUGCCCAUCUCCGAUGUCGCCAAGAAGAAGCUCCAGCAGUGGGGCGAGAAGAACCAGCUGAUCGUGAGCAUUCACUACUACCCGAGUGAUGGGAAGCUGUCCCAUCUCAGCAAGGUGACCCCCACUGAAUAUGUGACCAUGGCGAAGAAGCAGUCGGCAGAGCUCAUGGCCUCCUCGCCCAUUUGGCUCUCGGAGUUCUGCUAUUUGCUGCCCCAGGAGACCGCGGACAACUUGGCGGUGUGGGCCAACGCAGGCUGCUGCGCCAGCACCUACUUCCAGUAUACGGACGUCGAAUACACCGAGAACUUUGGAUGGUUCAAAUACCCCCCCGAGGUGAAGCAGUAUGGGGAGCCGGUCAACAGUUUGGGGAUCGUGAACGAGAAGGCCUGGGCGGCGUAUGAGCCCACCGUGGCAGAUGGAACUUACUGGGGCGGGCAAGUGUGUGGCUCCAAAGGAGGUCAGAGCAACGUUCUCUCCAAAGUGAAGUGAGGCAGCCACCGUGUGCUGUAUGGUCAAGGCUUUGUAGAGGCCGACCGGUUGUACAAAGAUGCUCUAUACGACCGCCCUGUAAAGCUGAAUGAGAGGCGACAUAGCCCCUUCAUGCCCGAUAUUUGUUG